CGUGUGUUGCUGAAAUGGAAAAGGAGGCUGGAAAUAAUUCUAGGCAUUGCCCGGGGUGUAAACCACCUGCAUGAGGGCGUCGACGUUGUAAUUCUUCACAGGGAUUUAAAACCAGAAAAUGUGCUGUUGGAUGACGGAUGGAACGUUAAGGUGGCAGAUUUCGGGACAGUGAAAUUGCUCGUUUCUGGAGCAGAAGGGGCUCAGACAAGAAUAGGCACACCUGCAUACAUGGCUCCGGAGUACGUUCUAGAUGAAAACCGGACAACACUAAAAUGCGAUGUCUAUAGCUUUGGGGUUACAUUGUUGGAGACACUCAGUGGCCGAAGGAAUUCUAUGGGGCUAAACAGCCUCAUUUCAUACGCCUGGGGGUUGUGGGAGGACAUCAACCGCGACAUUAUGGAUCUUCUUGAUCCCGCGGUUACACCUCUACCGACCGAGCUCGUUCCUCAGCUACGCAGGUGCAUCCAGAUUGGGCUUCUUUGCGUCCAGGGACUUCCGGACGACAGGCCACUCAUGUCGGAGGUUGUUGGAAUGUUAAAUGACAACAGCUUAAACCUUGCUCCGCCCAGAGCGCGCAUGGUUCAGUUGCCUGAACUUCGAGAGGCAGACGCCGCAGUGCCGAUAGAUUAUGAGACUGUCAGUGAUGCCAAUCUCCGCUGGCAACACAAUAACGGCCCAAGGCUACUGGCUGGGCCAAGGAUAGAUGGCCAUGACGAUGGGAGCGCACUCCUGUAACUGUAAAGUUGCAGUCUUGCAGAGCAACUGCUCGCAAUAUUCUAUAUUAUUGUAUCUUUGUUGUGCUUUUAUUUUGCAGGUAUCUUUGUUGUCCUUUCACUAUUGAGUGUCAUUUCUUUUUGAGCAAACAUUAUUAGAAGG